AUGGGUGAUUUUAAUUAUGUACUUCAUAGGGAUGAGAAGGUGGGCAGCCCAAUCUCUAUUGCUGAAGUUAGGGAGUUUAAAAUGUGUGUUGUGGACUGCUCUCUGCAUGAUCUUAAAUCUUCUGGGGCUUUCUAUACCUGGAAUAAUAAGCAUGUGGAUGGGAGUAGAGUCUAUAGUAGGAUUGACAGAGUGCUAGUAAAUGGUGUAUGGUUGACCUCCUUACCUAGCUCAGAGGUGCACUAUGGGAAUGAGGGAGUGAUGGAUCAUUGCCCUGCAAUCAUCAGUUGGGAUACAGGACAACAAACACAUAAUGGCAGAUUCAAUUAUUUUAAUAUGUGGAGCCAAGCUCUAAUUUUUCAACAACUGGUAAAGGAAAACAUGGAAAGGGACAUAUCUGGCACUCAAAUGUACAAACUAGUGGGAAAACUCAACAGGCUUAAAUCAGCCUUGAGAAGCCUAAAUAGAACACAAUUCAAGGAUGUGGAACUGACUGCUGAGAAAGCUAAGAAGGAGUUGGAUGCUUGUCAGACUACCCUGCAACUUGAUCCUAGAAAUAUAAGUUUGAUUGAACAUGAGGUACAACUGCGCAGAGAGUAUCAAAACAGGGACAAGGCAAGAAAGCAGUUCUUGGUGCAGAAAUGCAAAAUGCAUUGGCUGGCACAAGGUGACAUGAAUACUAAGUAUUUUCAUAGCAUGUUGAAGGCUAGAAGGAAUACUAAUAGGAUAUUCAAUAUCAAAGACUCUCAAGGGGUUACAAGGACUGAUAUAGAAGGAAUAGAUGAUGCUUUUGUUGAAUUUUAUUCCGGUCUGCUGGGUACUUGA